CCUUUUCUUUCUGUUCGUGUUUUACAACAACUCGCAAUGGCCAACAUCAACAAAUUUCCUCAUGCAGCUAACAUAAUCUGUAAUAACAUCUAUGUGGAUGAUGUCAUGGCUGGCGGAAAUUCCAUAGAUGCUGUUAUUAAUCUCAAAACGGAAUUAGUUAAUUUGCUUGAGUCUGGAGGCUUUCAUCUUCGUAAAUGGAGCUCCAACUCCACGGCAGUUCUACAGACGGUGCCUGCUGAAGACUGUGAGGCGUUUUCGAAACACAAAAAUGGCGGUUCAGACUACAUCAAAAUACUGGGUCUUUAUUGGAAUCCCAAGCCAGAUAAGUAUUCGUUUCAUGUUGGAACACCCACUGUAAUCAACGCAACUAAACGACACAUCCUUUCAGAAAUUGCUCGCAUAUUCGAUAUUUUUGGGUUUUUAGCACCAGUUGUGGUCAAAAUUAAAAUCCUUUUCCAAGAGAUAUGGUUAAGAAAUGUCAGCUGGGAUGACCCACUACCAGAUAGCAGCACUUGGCGACAUAUACGAGAAACAUUGCAUUUGUUAGAAGCGAUCUAUUCCAAGAAACAUUUUGAAUCCUGCAAUGCAAUUCGAACUUCAUUGUUUUUGUGA